UCCAAGCAUUCAAGGGAGCAGUAUGAAAAACUGUCAACGAUGCACAAGAACAUGCAAAAGCUCUACGAGAAUAUAGGCAGUUUUUUGGCCUUUGACCCCCACUCAGUCAGUGUGGAGGAUUUCUUUGGACAGCUCGCCAACUUCCGCCUGCUCUUCUUGGAAGCAAUGAAGGAGAACCACAAGAAGAAGGAGAUGGAGGAGAAGAUCAAGAGAGCCAAGCUGGCAAAGGAGAAAGCAGAGCGGGAGAAGCAGGAGCGCCAGCACAAGAAGAAGCAGCUGAUUGACAUGAACAAAGAGGGAGAUGAGACUGGUGUAAUGGAUAGCCUAAUGGAGGCCCUGCAGUCCGGAGCUGCCUUCCGUGAUCGGAGAAAAAGGACACCGCGAAAUGGUGAUCAAAGCCCUUCCAGUCCAUCCUCUCGGUGGCCGGGUGCUAACUAUGGUAACAGAACACUAGACAACCGGCGUGCAGUCCUGGAAAGGUCUCGCUCACGCCACAACGCAAGUCACCCAGCUCGAUGAUCGCCCACGCCUACCACAAGACGCUAGAUAAGUGCCAAAGAGGCCUGCGAAGUGGAGACCUGGAAGACAUCUGAAGGAGGGACAGACCGCCCCUCACUGUAGCGCUCAAACACACACACACACACACACACACACACACACACACACACACACACACACACACACACACACACACACACACACACACACACACACACACACACACACCUGAUUCUUGGUGUUAAUGUGCAGAUCAGUUGAAACUAUGCUGUAAGUUUUGUUUCUCCGUAAGGACCCACUGUCACACCGUUCCUUCACGUGAACUAUUUAUUCAUAUAUUCAUGCCUAGGGCCACCCUGUCCCCUCCCUGCCCUAAACUGUAAGCAGAUGCUACUAAAAACAACCACUGAAUCCACAUGGAGAGUGGGCACGAGCAGAAUAUCGACUAAGGGGCACAGAAGACAAGAUAAUGCUUGUCUUAGCAAGUGAGUCUCCAACGGCCCUUCAAUUCCCCAACACUAAUAGCAUAAGUGACCCUUUUUACCAUAACACAAGUUACUUCAGUCAUACCAGAGCUUUGCUUCAAGCUUUGUGUGUGAGCGCCAUGCCAGCUCAGUAAUCGGACAGGAACCCAGACAAAAUAGGAUCCAGUGUGCUUGACUCCUGGGCUGAAGAGAUGGAGAUUUUUCAUUUAAACUAAUCUGCCGCUGCUGUUUGUGAUGUGUCUGUUUCAUGAUGCCUCCUCUCCCGGCUCGCAUGCUUCUAAAAAUGCAAUUUUACACAUCAACUCGGCUCAAGGUGCAUCCACAAUGCUCUGAGAAGUCUGCAUAUUUAAGAAGACAAUAAUUCUCCUGUGAAUAUAAGGUGAACGCAGUCGCUCGGAGAAAGUAUAUAAAAUGAGGUUUUAAGGGAUGCUGCGAGGAUAAGGGUUUAAAGGUGUGUUGUGUACAGCGGGGAAGGAGAUGAUUUCCUUUUUUAAUCUCAACUUACCCUCUGUUCUGACACUACCACGGUUUAUGUAAAAGUAUUGUAUAUCAGAUCCCCACCUACACCAAUGUCUGCUGUGACGUUUGGUGUUUUUCAACCCUCUGAUUGAAUACUGUACCCGCCAAAACAACCAGUUCAUGGUUGUCAAUUUGACUGACACUUUUUUUCUUGAUUAUUAAAUCAAAUCAGAUUAUUUUCACAUGUGCCAAUUUAUUUUUUUGUUUUUGGAAAAACAGAGUUCUCCCCAAUGACGGAACAUUUCUGUUUUCAUUUUAUUUUCUAUAUCAAAGGGAGUACAGGUAUCUUUUUCGUCAAAGUAUGAAAAAAAGAUUGUACAGACUUAAAAAGUUGUAUUUUAUUUUUAUUUUAACCAUUAUUUGAUGAAAAUGUAUCCAAUUAUGAACCGUCAUUCAACUAGGAGAUUUUGAUGUGAUAGUCAUGUGGUAUUUCUCAUUUGAAACACUCAAAAAUAUUUAGUUAGAUGUAAUUUAUUUGGACUUUUGUAAAAAUGAAUUUCCAUUGUAGAGCGUGAUGAGCUAGGAGCUACGGUGUUAGCAGUUGUAGAAGUUUCAGAUCAUCCGUCUUCUCUACCACAGUGUGAUGCAACCCACACAUGGACUGCAACACUAAAAGUGCAGGUUUGAUGCAGUUCAAUUCAUAACAUGGAUGGAGAGCAUCGGCGGAAAACAUGCCAGUUGUAUUUCUAAGGAUUGAAAUGGUUCAUUUAUAAUAGAAACUUCUACAAUAACAACAUUCCUCAACAUCCCUGUAAGUGAUUGAAUCAUUCCCCCCCCCCCCUCAUUCCAUCGUUUAGGAUAAUCAGAGUUAUGUAUUAAUAUAGAAAAUAGCAGGAGUGUUUCAGGUCAAAAGAACCUGUAUUGUUCCAUCAUGUUAGUGUGAAAAACAGGCCUUUGUGUCGAUCAUCCCACGAUAUUUUAGCUCGUGGCUAACAAACCUGAACCGGUGUUGACUUGUGCUCAUGGUGAUUAUAGGAAUGAGGAGGCAGGGGUAUGAAUUAUUGACCCUCUGUAAAAGGUGCCAUUUUGGUGUCAGUUUAUUUCAAAGCAAAGUUUCAGAUCUCACUCGGACUCAGAGACUGCACUUUACCUCACAAAAGAUUCUGCUCAGGCAGAGGAAGAGUUGUUUGGAUACGACAUUGCCACUAACAGAGCAAACUAUUUGCAAAGUCUUUCUUUUGGUAAACACUUCCAGCUGCCACAUAUCCAGUUCUUCCCUACUUUGUGAGUGCUUGCUAUUGAUUUGUGGAAGACCAAUUGCGGCUGAAGGAAUAAACACCGCUCGUAGCUGUUAACAAACCCUGUCCGACCGUGAUGUGUAAGCUGCCAUAUCCCUGCCUACCCUCGUCGUUGUCAUUAUGUUUUAUUGUCUUAAGAAACAUUUAUAUUUGUAACAGUUUAAGCUUAUUUGUAUCCUUAAGAACAUGAAUAAAUAAAAUGGUUAUGAAAACUGUCCUUCCAUACAUCAUGUAAUGUAUCAUCGUACUAAAUAAUAACCACUUUGUUACAUAAACAGGUUUCU